AGAAUAAGUCUUCCUGGUUUCACGAUAUAGUAGUCUGCCUUCCCCUUUAAAUGGAUUUUUGGACCAAUGCAAAAGUUGUGGUCGUAGCGUCAAAAUAAUUAACGCGAUUUCUCGAGGAAGAAGCCGUUAGGAGGGAAUCCUUUGUAAUUUCGCCGCGUUUCAGCGCAUCAGGUAAGAGAGCGCUCCAUGUUUAAUCCGCCCUCCUUUGCUUUUCUUAAGGAACUGGAAAUGACAAGCCUCGAGUCUGUUGUUGGUUAAACACAGCUGUGUUGGAGCUACAUAAGCAUAAAGCAUCAGCCUACAGACGUAUUAGCAGGAUAUUAGUAAACUCGCAAGCGUUCUGUUGAGCUGCUCUGACUCGUCUGCCGGUGUUAAAGCAGGAUAACCGGCUGUGGAAUGGCUUUGCUGACCUUGCACAGAACGCCAUCUAUUUCCACCACACCGGAUGAGCCUAUUCCGAGAAGAGGAAGACUUCAAAAAAGAGAAAGUUUCGCCCUGGUUAAGGGGGCAGUGCUCCUGGUGGAAGAGGAAGAGAGGGAGGGAUUACAUGAAGAAACCGUACCCUCUCUGCUAGGUCCUAGGCAAGGAGGCCGAGCCUCUGACACUCAACGCAGACAUUUGCAUGCAAUGAUUUCGUUACUACGUCCAGAAGACACGGUCAAACUGGCUGUGCGCUUGGAGACAGUGAGCCCAGUUAGAGUGAGGUAUUUGCUCGUUGUCAGCACGCUUAACAAAAAACAGGAGAGUCUGCUGCUUGGCAUGGACUUCCCAGGGAUGAACAGUGAUCAGUGCACUAUUGGACUUGUCUUGCCAGUAUGGAGUGACACACAGGUUUACCUCGAUGGAGAUGGAGGUUUCAGUGUGACAUCUGCAGAAGUGACACGAAUCUUUAAGCCUGUGUCCAUUCAGACGAUGUGGUCAGUGUUGCAGGCGCUGCAUGGCUGCUGCGAACGGGCUGUACGUGGGGCCGUCAUACCAGGCUGCGGGAUGGAGUGGGCACAACAUUACAGAGAGAAUGUGGAAUCUGACCAGCACUGCCUUAAUGAAUGGGCAGCCAUGACUGGCCUGGAGUCGGUCAGGAGGGAUACCGGAGCACGUUCAUCGUCAAAUCGGGAGUCAGUGGAGAAGGAGAUCAAAGCCCAGCUUCGAGAGAUCAUGAGAACUGAGGACUUGGAAAACAUUACCUCAAAGCAGGUGCGGACAUCCCUGGAGUCCAGAAUAGGCAUAGACAUGAAGGACUACAAAGAAUAUAUUGACAAUGAGAUGAUGGUCACCAUGGCACAGAUGGACAAACCUUCCAGAAUCUUGGACUACCUUUACUUGGGUUCCGAAUGGAAUGCUGCAAACUUUGAAGAACUGCAGAAGAACAAUGUGGGCUACAUCCUGAAUGUUACCAUGGAGAUUGACAACUUUUUCCCAGAAUCCUUCUCCUAUAUGAAUAUUAGAGUUUAUGAUGUGGAAGCAACCGACCUACUCUCAUACUGGAACAACACAUACAUGUUCAUCAGUGAAGCAAGGAAGAGUGGACAGGCCAUACUGGUGCACUGUAAGAUGGGCGUCUCUCGCUCUGCCUCCACAGUAAUUGCUUACCUGAUGAAGCAGCAGGGCUGGACAUUAGACCAAGCCCUUAACCACGUGAGAGAAAGACGGCCUAUAGUGCAGCCCAAUGAAGGUUUCCUCAAACAGCUGCAUACGUACAGCGGCAUCCUCAGUGCCAGUAAACAGCGCCACAGCGCCCUCUGGCGGAGGAAGUCCAAGUCGGAAGUGCGCCAGCCAUCUGUUCACAACGAAGCAGCCACAGGGAGUGAACAUGAACAGAAAGAGGAAGACUCCGAGAGCCCAGAAGACGAAAGCAGUAAUGAGGAAGAGGAAACAGAUGUCUUUGAUGAGCAGCUGGGUGAGAGUGUUCUCGACACACCUGGGGCAGACACGGCUUCAUCCAACCCGCUUAUUACUGUACAAGAAAGUGAUAAGGUGUCAUCCAGCCCCAGCAGAAGCGGCAGGAUGGAUUUAUUCUCUCUUAUGCAGUCUAUUCAGCUCGACGAUGAGGACCGAGGCCUAGAUAAAGAGAUCGCUGUCUGUCAGAGACUUUCCCACGCGCAGCGAAGGCAGAGUCACGGAAAAAGAGGCUUGACUUAUCAGAGAGCGCAUGUUGAUGUUUCUCCUGAACCAAGCGGCAGACGGUCACAGAACACAAACCAGGAUGAAGCUGGUCUCUGAAGCACUUUAACUAAGGGGUCGUGGUAAGAAAUAUGGAGAAAGACGAAUAUUAAAAGUGAAAAGGUGAGGAAAAAACACGCAUGGUGAUGCUAAAAUAAGAGACACUCUUGCACAAGUCUUAUCCUUCUGAUUGUAUCAUUCCAAGUUGUAAUACAAUUAAAAUUAGGGAAUUUAUUCAUAUAGCAUAUUAAGGCUCAUUUAGGUAAUUUUUCACGGAGGCGACACAUUAAAGCACAUAUAAAUCUUUCCCUCACCUCUCCAUCUAGCUCAAAACUUUGGUCCGUUUAGGUGGAUUUUUAACAAAACUCAGCCACUGUCAAGCGAGUAUUGAUAAAGGAACCGUUUUCCUCAAAGCAUUAUCAUUCAAAAUGUCACAUUGUGCCUUUUUGAAAUCUCUGUAUCCUUUUGCACCUUCGUACUGAGCCAUAAAAUUCAGUUUACUUCAGAUUUUAAUAUGGUAUUAUAGUAUGAGUGGAGUAUUUCUCUAUGGCUGUUAUCUCUCAUGUCAUUAUACAGAAAAAUGAACUAUUCCUCUUGAUAGCGUUUUCAUGUUGUUUUUAAUAAAUGAAUAAGAGUGCGAUUCACUCAUUUUAGGAGUCCUAUGCAAUAAAUCUACUUUUAUAGCUGUUUCUUCUCCAUGAAUGUGAAGCUUUAUGCUGCCUUUGUGGAGAUCAGUGGGUGAAAAAGUGUAGAGAAAGCAAUCGAGGAUUUAAACACUUCAUGUAUAUUACCAGUCCAAACUUUGGGGUCAGUAAGAAAUCUGUGCUUUUUAUUUAACAAGGCUGCAAAUUAAUUGAAAGUGGCAUUUGUAAGGUUUCAAAUUAGUGCCCGUUUCUUAACUACUGUAUUGAUAAUAAGAAAUGUUUUUGAGCACCAAAUCGGCAUAUUGCAAUUUCUAAAACUCAUGUGACACUAAACACUGGAAUAUUGGCUGCUGAAAAUUCAGCUAUGGCAUUUCAGAACUAAAUUACUUAUGUAUUUAACUACAAACCCAGUUAUUUUAAAUUUCUUUAUUAUUAUUUUACAUUACUGUUUUUACUGUAUUCCUUUUUUUUUCAAAUUAAUGCAGCCUUGGUAAACAUAAGAGACUUCAAAAACAAAAUCUUACUGACUCCGAACAUAUGAAUGGUAGUUUCUAGCAUCAUGCAUGAUGUUACAUCAUGUUUAUCACUUGAGAGCUCUUUUCAUGUCUUUUUAAAUUAAGCAGAUUGUUUAAUGUUUUUAACCUGUUCAGUAUGCAGGAAACAACCUGAGAAGAAGCAUUAGUAUUUUCCUAAAAAAAAAAAAAAAAAAAAAAAAAAAAUGUGCCAGUUACGUCUCUGCUGUCUUCAAUCAUUGUGCAUGAUGGUUCAGUGCCUUUAGCUGAUAGAGGUGGACCAAAAUAACUACAUUUGUUGGUUUUAAUAUUCAUGCAUUUAAAACUAACGCAACUAACUCCUAAUACACGUGUCCUUAGCCCUAGGGGUGGCUGAUUUGUGUCUUUGCAUGAUGUCUCACGUAUCAGACUGUAUGCAUGCUGUUUGUACUGUACGUCUUUUGUGAAGCAUGAGUCUUUUAUGUAAAGUAUUUACUAUCUGCUGUAAAACAUUUGUUGAAAUGUGUAUAUUGUCAUUGCACAAAGUGCCAACGUUGUGAAACCAAAGUUAUGUUGUGGAAUGUUCCUAGUAUUGAGGCACCACUGGUUUUGCAAUUAUUUUCCAUGAGAAUGUCUUAAGUUAUGUGUAUUAGCGAUUAGAUGAUGACUUGCAGCCUUUAAAGUGCUGAUUUUCCUCACCUGAUGUAUAAUGUGCCAUGCCUUAUCCACUUCAAAAAGUGAUACAUUUUAUUCUGAUGUAAAUCGCAUUUCCAUUGUUGGUAUCAGGUGGCGUUAAAUAUCAAGUCAAGGUUGCUGUUGCUUUUUACUAUUUAUGACUGAUCCGAACAUGUAUCUUUUUAAUUUGAUAUACAAAGUUGUCUGUACUAUUAAAAUGAAUUUAUAAUGGGGGCUUGAGAAAAAUCUAAUGGAAACACUCA